UGUAGGGGAGGGAUAAGUUUCCGGAAGUGAUGACGUUUGGUUUCUGUUUCUCUCAGGGCUGUUGUGAAAGAGAAGCGAAUGCUGCUUCUUCGGCAAAACAUUCGUUGUAAAGUUUAAAUAUUCAUGGUGCGUCGGUACAGUUUUACACAAAGGCUUAUCUGACGCCGUAACGUGACUUCAGGUUGAUUGUCUUUGGAGGUCGGUAGGUAUUUCAGUUUACAGCUCAAGACGUUAAAUCCUUUUACUUGAUACUUUCUGAAAGGUUGUGGUUGUCAUGGCACCUCCAAAAAAGAGGGCGUUACCCAAAGCGCUGCCAGAGGGCUUCAUACUGACGGACAGCGAGAAGAAGACGUGGAGGCUGGGAAAAGUGAUCGGUGAAGGUGGCUGCGGGCUGAUCUAUCUCGCCUCCCGUGAUCUGGACAGACCUGUUACUGCAGACACAGACUUUGUCUUAAAAGUGGAGUCCCAGGAGAACGGCCCCCUGUUCUCGGAGCUCAAGUUCUACCAGAGGGCAGCCAAACCAGGGAACAUGCAAAAAUGGAAGCAAAGCAGGAAAAUGGAUUUCCUGGGAAUCCCGACGUACUGGGGAUCAGGACUCGCUGAACAUAAUGACCUCAGGUAUCGUUUCAUGGCUAUGGACCGACUGGGCAGUGACCUUCAGAAAAUCUUUGAAAUCGGGGGCGGUUGUCUGGAGGCGGCCAGCGUUCUCCAGCUGGGUCGAAGACUGGUGGAUGUACUGGAGUACAUUCAUGAGAACGAGUACGUCCAUGCAGACAUUAAAGCUGCCAACCUCAUGCUUUGCUGUCGAGACCCUGAAAAGGUCUAUCUUGCAGACUAUGGGCUGUCCUACAGAUACUGUCCUGAUGGGGUGCACAAGCAGUACAAGGAGAACCCCAAGAAGGGUCACAAUGGAACCAUUGAGUACACCAGCCUGGAUGCCCACAGAGGAGUUGCUCCAUCGAGACGCGGCGACCUCCAGAUUUUGGGCUUUUGUCUUCUCCACUGGUUGUGUGGGUCUCUGCCUUGGGAUCAACUUCUCAAGAAGCCGGCUGAGGUGCAGGAGGCCAAACACAGACUCAUGGAUGACCUGCCGGACUCGGUCCUGCAUCUGUCAGUCGGAGGAGCCAGCACAGAGCAGCUGGCCUCGUUCCUCAGCUAUGUGAAGACUCUGGGCUACACGGACAAGCCAAACUACGGACACCUCAAGCAGCUGUUGGCCAGCGGCAGGACGACAGGACCACUGGGCUUCUCUGUGCCACGGGCCCCCCCCACCAGGGGCAAGAGGGGAGCAGCCCCCCCGCCCUCCAAGGAUGAAGAAGAGAAGAGCAAAGCUGUGGCAGCUGGACCCCUCCCCACUAAACAGAGACACGAUGCAGCUGGCAGAUCAUUGAGACCAAGACCUGUAGUGGCUUAUGGAGAAGAUGACAGUGAGGCGGACGAGGAAGAAGAAGAGGCCAGACCCAAACCUGUCCCUGCAUGCUACCUGCGAGGCCCCCCGAUUGGCCCCCGAGGUCGGCCCAAACAGAGGGCCGAUGGCAGGAAACACACUCGGGGAGAGGCGCCCCCACCACCAGAGCUCACAGAGGAUGGGGGUAUGACAGCCGCCUCUGCUGGGAACACAGACAUGGAUCCGGUGAACGGGGGGGGUCGGGAACAGGAAGCCGGCCCGUUGACCUGGCUGGUGUACGUGGGUGUCCUGCUCUUCGUGGCGCUGUGCGUCCUCAGCACUGCUGGGGGGCCAUCUUCACCGUGAUGGGCUGAUAGAAGAACAUUAGAUGCAUUUAAAUACAGAGACAUCAAGCCUGUUUCUGCUGUUUAACAUCUUAGACUGGACCCCCCCCCCCCCCCCCACACUCCUCUUUGACUCUGUGGCUGUCCCCCACUGAGCCCCUCACGCACCUUGCUGCAGUAAGGACACUCUCCGAAGACCAUGUAGAAGCUCUGCCGGCUGGAGGGGAGCGCUCGCAGCCACUGGGGGGAGGAGGGGGCAUAUAAAAAGCUUUGAAACAACACAUGACCUCAUUAACAUGCCUUUCAAAGUUAACAUAUUUAUUUAAUAUAUUCUAUAGUAACACUAUAGUGCGUUGACCCUUGACCCCAGAAGCUGCCACAAGCUUAAGUCAGUUAGAUGCUGAGCGAGACGGCGGCUGAAGAUGAACAAGGACUGAGCAGAGGGAGGGACCCUCAGGACUGAUGGUGCACUGAACAGAGGACAUGUCCCUAAAAGACAGUGCUUCUGAAAACGUCCUGCUAAAUGUCGGACAUUGUUGGCACUUAAAACACAGCCGUCAAUGGAGCAAAGUGCACGAGGGGGACGGGACACUAGUUCAACAUGUUCUACCUGUGGGAGAUUAUCAAAUGGCAGUUUUUUUUUUCCUUUCUUAAAAAUUAAAUUAAACAAGUUUUAAAUUUAA